UCACACCCGCCUCCGAAAAGCGGGGUGUCCGGAUGUACACGCUGCUGUCGGGGCUGUACAAGUACGUGUUCCAGAAGGACGAGUACUGCAUCCUGAUCCUGGGCCUGGACAAUGCCGGGAAGACGACCUUCCUGGAGCAGUCAAAAACCCGGUUCAGCAAGAACUAUAAGGGGAUGAGUCUCUCCAAGAUCACCACCACCGUGGGUCUGAACAUCGGCACUGUGGACGUGGGGAAGGCUCGACUCAUGUUCUGGGACUUAGGGGGGCAGGAGGAGCUGCAGUCUCUGUGGGACAAGUACUAUGCUGAAUGCCACGGUGUCAUCUAUGUCAUCGAUUCCACAGACGAGGACAGACUGUCGGAGUCCAAGCAAGCUUUCGAGAAGAUGGUCAUGAGCGAGGCUCUGGAUGGUGUCCCCAUCCUGGUGCUGGCCAACAAGCAGGAUGUUGAGCAAAGGGGUGCGCGAGGGCAUCGAGUGGAUGGUGAAGUGCGUCGUGCGGAAUGUGCACCGGCCGCCGCGGCAGAGGGACAUCACGUAGGUGCAGCCGGCACCUGGAGCGCGUACAGCUGGUGCCUGAGCCAGGAGCACACCUGCCAGCUGGAGCCACCAGUCCCGGGGCUGGGGCUGGCUUUGCCUUUGGAUUUUUUCAUUUGCUUUGUUUUUUCUCUAAGACAGACUUUUGUGUCCUGAAAAGUGUAGGUGCCCGGAGGCUUCUGCCAGGGGAGUGGGGGCAGCAAGGCCCACUCAAGGCCUGGUUUUUGGCCCUGUGGGUGCCCUUUGGAGCUGCUUGCCCCAGCCUGGCCUGGGUGGGGCUUCAGGAAGCCCGGUUGGAGGGGGGUUUUCCAUCCACAGCAUGCCCACGAAGCUCGGCCUCUGCCUCCUCUGAUCAUGGAGGUGGGCUGGGAGUUGGUGUCACCUUGAAGGAGGCCUAACCCACAUCCCCGAAGGCCUGCAGGUCCUGGGCUCUGGUGCAGCCCCAGGACUGGCUCGGUGCGAUCUGCCUAGCCAUGUGGACCCUGCUGCCACCACCACCACCGGCCCACGUCAGGGAGCAGAAAGCUGGGAGUGGGAGGCCCCUAGCGCACCUGCCACCACCUGGGACAGCCACGGCUGCCAGCUCAGGGAUGCUCAGGGAUGCGUCAGGGCGUGGGGGUGUUGGGAGGUGGGCUGGGUCCCUAUGUUGCCCCAUUGGUGCCUGUGCUCCCAGCUGAGCGUGAGGGGUGCAUCCCCUUCCAG